AUGUCUGCCAGUUCCGCAGACGCCUCCCGCCCUCGGGCCUCCGCCGACUCCAAGAAGGUGCACAUUGCCGACACGCCAGUGACGCUGCAAAACUGGUACAAGCAUGUCAACUGGCUGAAUGUCACCCUCAUCAUCGGCAUUCCCUUGUACGGCUGCAUCCAGGCCCUCUGGGUGCCUCUGCAGCUCAAGACGGCUAUCUGGGCGGUCGUCUAUUACUUCUGGACCGGAUUGGGCAUCACAGCUGGCUACCACCGUCUAUGGGCUCAUUGCUCCUAUUCCGCUCGUCUUCCUCUGAGAAUCUGGCUGGCCCUUGUCGGCGGUGGUGCCGUCGAGGGCUCCAUUCGCUGGUGGGCUCGCGACCACCGUGCUCACCACCGCUACACCGACACUGACAAGGACCCCUACUCCGUCCGCAAGGGGCUCCUGUAUUCGCACAUUGGCUGGAUGGUCAUGAAGCAGAACCCCAAGCGCAUUGGCCGCACCGACAUCUCCGAUCUCAACGAGGACCCCGUCGUCGUGUGGCAGCACCGCAACUACCUGAAAGUCGUCGUCAUCAUGGGCCUCAUUGUCCCCAUGCUCGUGGCUGGCCUCGGCUGGGGUGACUGGUGGGGUGGCUUCGUCUACGCAGGCAUCCUGCGCAUCUUCUUCGUCCAGCAGGCCACCUUCUGUGUCAACUCGCUGGCUCACUGGCUUGGCGAGCAGCCGUUCGACGACCGCAACUCUCCCCGAGACCACGUCCUUACCGCUCUCGUCACUCUGGGUGAGGGUUACCACAACUUCCACCACGAGUUCCCCUCGGACUACCGCAACGCCAUCGAAUGGCACCAGUACGACCCGACGAAAUGGACCAUCUGGAUCUGGAGUAAGCUCGGCCUCGCGUACAACCUGAAGCAGUUCCGGUCCAACGAGAUCGAGAAGGGCCGUGUGCAACAGCUGCAGAAGAAGCUCGACCAGCGACGCGCCAAGCUGGACUGGGGUACUCCCCUCGACCAGCUGCCGGUCAUGGAGUGGGACGACUAUGUCGAGCAGUGCAAGAACGGCCGGGGCCUCAUUGCGGUUGCCGGUGUGGUGCACGAUGUGACCGACUUCAUCAAGGACCACCCCGGUGGCAAGGCCAUGAUCAUGUCCGGCAUUGGAAAGGAUGCCACUGCCAUGUUCAAUGGUGGAGUCUACAACCACUCCAACGCCGCUCACAACCUCCUGUCGACGAUGCGGGUGGCUGUCAUCCGGGGCGGCUCUGAGGUUGAGAUCUGGAAGCGGGCCCAGAAGGAGAACAAGGACGUGGAUUACGUCCGGGAUGACAACGGCCAGCGCAUCGUCCGUGCCGGCCAGCAGGUGACGAAGAUCCCCGAACCCAUCCCUACGGCGGAUGCUGCUUAA